AUUACAUCCGGGUACUAUCCACUUUACACGACGCCAUUUCCUGUGUAAAAUUUCCAUAACAAAAUGGGAAGGAAAAAGAAGAAGCAACUGAAACCCUGGUGUUGGUAUUGCAACAGAGAGUUUGAUGAUGAGAAGAUUUUAAUACAGCAUCAGAAAGCAAAACACUUCAAAUGUCACAUAUGUCACAAGAAAUUGUACACUGGGCCUGGUUUAUCUAUACAUUGUAUGCAGGUACACAAGGACAAAAUUGACAAGAUACCAAAUGCUUUACCAGGAAGAAAUAAUGUUGAAAUUGAAAUAUAUGGCAUGGAAGGUAUACCUGAUGGAGACAUUAAGGACCAUGAGAAACAAAAACAAGAACCACCUAGUAAGAGGAUGAGAGAAGAUGAUGGUGAUGACGAUGGCGAUGAUGAUGACAGCAAUCAGGGAAAUAAUAAUCAGUAUAACAAUUAUGGUAUGCCUCCUCCCAUGGGGCCAGGUAUGCCACCAUUUGGUAUGCCGCCAGGUAUGCCACCCAUGCCACCAGGGCCAAUGGGUCCAAUGGGACCAAUGGGUCCUAUGGGUCCUAUGGGACCCAUGCCACCAAUGGGUCCUAUGGGUCCAAUGGGGAUGCCCCCAGGAAUGCCACCCAUGCCUCCUAGGAACUUCAUGCCAGGUAAUGGACCACCACCACCCAUGCAGCCUCCUAUGUCAUCUUCAGCACCAUCCAAGCCUUUAUUUCCUGCUGCAGCUCAGUCAUCUAUGGCAAACACAUCAUCAGGCCAGUCAUACAAGUCAUCAGCGAUUAGCAGUCAAGCCAAGCCAACAUUCCCCGCAGCAGCAGCAGCAGCUUCUAAUACUGCCUCCUCUUCCCCGUCCCGGGCCACAAUAACUGGUGCACCACAGAUAAAGAAACCAGAGUCUAGCUCAGGUUUGACCUCUAAACUCAUGCAUCCUGAUGAGGAUAUUUCCCUGGAGGAAAGGAGAGCUACUUUGCCGAAAUACAAACAAUUGAUAUCUGGAGGAGGUAUGAGGGGAGGAUCAUCUAGUGGUAUGGGAGGCAUAAAUGACAACCAAUGGGGAGGAUUUAGGCCACAGAUGCAGCAAGGAAAUCACUACUGAGAUUGCCCACAUACAACCAUGUCACUGUUGAGGUCAUCCGUAUCAUCCACAAUUGCUGUGUGGUUCAACCCCAUCUGCCAUUUCCAAUGCUGUCCUGUUGGCAGUUAAGUUAAGUGAAGCAGAAGUCACUGUGUGGACAGCAGUGCAUAUCAUCUUCACCUCCAUAUCUGAAGUUUAAUUUAUGAGAUGUUUUUACUCUCUCUCUCUCUCUUGUAAUAAUAUUUUGUAGAUAAAGAGCCCUUUGGGUGUAUGGCUGGUCUUGUGUGCUUAAUGGAAGGUAAGACUUAGCCAGGUUAAUUAAAAAACUGUUUUAAAAAGUUAAGAUGAUAAUGAAGGAUCCUAGAACACUUCUGGGUCGACAAGACGCUGGUAAGUGUUAUAAUCAGCGUGAAGAUUUAUGAUUGUGAUUUUAAUUCUGAAUUUAGCUUUACAAUUUGUGGAUAAUUUAUCUAUAAAUGCUGUCCAUUGAUAUGAAAAAGUGUAAUUUUUAUCAAUAAAAUAUGAAGUCAUUGUAUAUAACAUUACAUUUAUGAAGUCUUUUAUUUAUUUCUUGGUUCUUUUCUUUAUCUUCAUAAAAUCAGAUUUCUAAUAGAGACAGAUCUGUUCAUGGUUGAAUAAAAUCCAGUUGAAUAACAUGGACCUCUGCAUUGAUAAUAUAACAAUGACACUCGGAUAGCUGAGAACCAUCAGUUCAGCAGUCAGUUUUUUCAGACUUGUGGACAUAAAUGCAUUGAUGAAGUCAGUUGAACUUAUUUGCCACAAAAGUUUUAUGCUAGUGACUGAAAAAUGUGUUUUCAAAAUGAAGUAAGAUGCAUGUAAGCAAAUUAAUCAUUGCAAACUGAAACAUACAGAUGAUGGUAAAAACAUGAAUUGUUGUAGUAUAUUUUUGCCUCUAUGGCACUGUUCAGCUGACUUCAUUCAGUGUACCAGAAAGCAAGGCAAGUGAUGUAUUACUCAUUAGUUAACUGUUAAUAUAGCGUUCAUACUUUAAUAACCGACAGUGUUAAUUGACUGGGUCACCACAUAGAUUCCACCUACUCCAACAGGCAAGUGAACAAUGUCACAGUGAAAGAGGAAAUCUUCACUGUUGGGCAUUGUUGCCCCCAACUUAAGUUGGCGAUGUUUCUCCUUUACAUUUUGUUAUGAGUUCUAUUACGCUAGGUCAGUUUGGGACUUUACGGUGAUCAAGGCAAGUUGUCACAGCAAGUAUUCUUGUUGUUGGGCCUAGUCGCCCCCAACAUUCUGUUGGUGACUACAUUUUUUUUGUCAGAGUACUCUGGACACAAAUAUUGAAGUAAACUUAUAAGAGAUUCCUAAAGGAAAUGGUAAUACAGCUAAUGAUCAUUGAUUAAGAGGGGUAACACAUGUGUCCAGAGUAUAGAUUGGUGUAUAGAGGUCAUUAGGCUCGGGUUGCAGAGUAUCGAAUACAGGCAAGUGGUCACAGCAAAUAAGCUUGCUGUUGGGUCUCUGUACCCCCAACUUAACCUGUUGGUGACUAAACUGGCACAUCAACAUUUGAUUAUUAAAUAUGAUAUACAAGUGGUCACAGCGAGAUAAGCUGUUGGGCCAAGGCCCCCAACAUUAUGUUGGUGACUGCUGUGUUUUUGUAUGUUAUUUUCUUGUUUAAUGGUCACAGCAAGUCAAUUUGCUGUUGGGUUUCAUGCCCCCAACAAUGUUGGCGACUAGAAUUGUUAACAAAUGGGUUUUUGUUUCACUGUUGCAUGGUUUCAGUUAGAAUUGUGCUAAAGAUGAAUAUUUAAAAAAUACUGUUUUCUUGGAAUAUCUGGUAUUAUAUGUUUUACAUACAAGAUCAAUAUUGAAAACAACUGUUAGACAAAUUAUACAUGUUUUCAGAAUGGAGUAAGAUUUCUGUAAUACUAUAUAGUGAGUCUAGUUUUCGUAAAACCAUGUAUUUGUAAAGAAAACCUUUCAUUAGAUAUCAGAUAUUGUAGAAAGAUUGGAGUAAAAAUCUGUUGAGAUCUGCAAUACCUUGCUUGUGCAUUGCUGUUUGAUAAUGUCAUUAUUUUCUCUGUGCAGCCAAGAAGCAGACAGGCUCUAGGGUGUUUAUCAGGACUGGUGAGCUCUUCACCGGUAGGUACACCAUAGACAUCCAACUAGCACAUCAAGUUUUUUAAGAUUGCUUAGAUUGCAAAGCUACAAUGAUACCUUUAAUGAGGAUAUUUAUUGAGUUUUGAAACCAUUUCCUUGGGAAAAUAUUUGGGAGUUGAUUGUUGAACAUGCAGACAAGACAGAAAGUAAUACCCACCUUCUCAACAUGAACAUGUAAUAUCCCAUACUGUUGGAUAUGACAGUAGUUGUGUUUAGAUAUUGGUAAACUAAGGAUUGGUAGAGAAGACAUUGAAGAUACUCUCCUUUUCUUUCCCUGCUCGUGUUCGGUUUUGGUAGGUUCUGGAGUGUGAUAGAAUAUUGUUUUUAGUAUAUUAAUAAAGAGAUAACUGGAUAUAAAGCACUUCUUUACCUACUACCUAUUGAGUAUCUAAACUUCAUCUCAACACAGUGACGGUGCGCCAAUUUUGUCAGGAUUCAGUAAUUGGAACACUGAUCAUCUCCAAUCAGUCAAGAUAAGAAGGUAAGGCCACCAAAAGUACGUAGAUGUAAAUGUUAACUUUUGUAUGAAACAUUGUUUUGUUAUCGUAAAAUAUGAUGCUUGGCCACAUAAGAUUUACAUGAAUUCAAAAAUUAAUUUACUGUUCCAUCAUAUGGAGAAGAGGCUGGACAAUUUAUAUGGCUGUUUGGGGUUUGGUCACAUGACCGAGUGUUUGAAGGUGCUAUAGGUCUUGUAAAUGUUGUAUGGACCUUUGAAUGAUAGUUGCAUUUGUGUGUUUUACCUAAUAUUAAAAAAGACAUGAAGUGAAAUUUAUAUAUGAGUUUUACCAACAUUCUUAUCAAUGUGCAAAGUGAUAUGAUUUGUAAUUAAAUUGUGUACAAUACUUCUUAGAAUCAAUGGGAACUUCAAUACAAAUUGUGAUGUAGUUAUUGUCUAACUUGCAAACCUGUCCUAAUAAGAUGCAUUUAGUGUUUUUAACAAGUCAUUAUAAAGAUAGACAAAAUCAACAAUUUGAAAUGAAUUGUAAAUCAUGAUCUUUUAAAUGGUAUAUAUAAAAAUAAAUUUUUAUAAAAUA